AAAAAACAUAAAAGUGCACAUUCUUCAAUAUUUUGUCUGUCAUCCAUUGAAAGCUUUUGCUAUGGCAGAGUCUCAACAAUUGUUCUGUCAUUUCAACUUCAACCUCUUGCCUCUCUCUCUGUUUUCAAAACUCUUUUCAUUCUUCCAAGUUUCUUCUUCUUUUUCAUCUCAUCUUCAAAACAACUGAAAAUUUGAAAAACAUUCCUUAAAGAAGAUGAAGAUCCAUUUAUUAAUGCUUGUGUUGUGUUUUCUGUUUCAACUUUGUUACUCCUCUGUUACCAUUGUUCUUGAUGGAGUUUCAGAAUGGAAAAACCCCUCUGUUCAUAUUGGAGAUUCCAUCAUUUUCAAGCACAAGUUUCAUUAUGAGCUCUUCAUUUUCCAUAAUCAAAGGGCUUUCAAUCUCUGCAAUUACACUCAUGCCACUCUUCUCACCAAACCCAAUUCCACUUCAUUUAUGUGGCAUCCAUCAAGGCUUGGCAUUUUCUUCUUUUCCUUCAACAAUGGCUCUAAAAGUUCUUGCAAUGGCUCUCAAAAGCUUGCUGUGAAGGUCUCUGCUUCACCCCCAUCUCAAAGUUCCCACCUUUCUCCACAGAACCCUCCGAUGGCGGCUCCGGCGCCGAUUUCCGGCGGAGUUCUGCCGUCUACUCCGGCAUACCCUUGGCCGUUUCACCCACGGCAGGGGGCGUCGUCGCCGAGUCCGCCGCCAAGCUUGCCGCCGAGUGCAAGCUUGCCGUUCACGGUGCCGGAGAAAGGAGGAGGUUUGGCGUUUAUCAACAGUAAUCCGGCGGUUCCACUUCCCACCGGCGAGGUGGACACGGCCACUAUUCGCCCUUUGCAAACUUCAAACCAUGGAACACAUAGAGUACCCUUCUGUCUCUCUCUCUUAAUUUCUCUCUCUAGAAUUGAUAGGGCUAAUGUCAUUUUAUUAUUUAAAGGCUAAAAAUGUUAUUUUGAGUUUGGUUCUAAUUUCAAAAUUUUUGGUUUUUAAUUUUUGAAAAUUAUGUUUAUAAUCCUGCAACUUUUUUUUU